AUGUCUCAUCAAUCCUUCGAGCUGUGUCUGGCAUUGACUCUUAGCGUUCUUAUAUCAUGUCAGUCUCGAAAAAAUCCUUGUGAACCUUGUAAAGCUAUUCAUAAAUGUACUCCAAGUACAACUGCAUGUACAACUCCAAGCACAACUCCAAGUACAACUGCAUGUACAACUACAACUGAAAGUACAACUCCAAGUACAACUGCAUGUACAACUACAACUACAAGUACAACUAAAAGUACAACUGCAUGUACAACUACAACUACAAGUACAACUGAAAGUACAACUGCAUGUACAAAUAAAAGUACUACUGAAACUACAACUGAAACCACAACAAAAUCCGUAGUUGUAACCGUAGAUUCAACUCUGGAUGGAAUAAAAAGAGAACGUUACGAAUUUGAUUCAACGACUAAAAAAAGAUUAGUAAUAGAUAUAGAAGAUUCUGAUCCUGAUGAGGAAACUCCAACGACAGUAGGAAUAGCAAUAACAGAUGACGACACAAAUAGAAAAAAAAUUAACGUGACUCAACCUCAGGUGGCCUUGUUUCCUCUGUACGCGGUACCUUAUCAUUGGUAUCCAUCAUAUUAUUACUAUCCUUAUUGGAAUUUGGGUUAA